AUGCUGCACACGGACCAGCUGCGCACGGACCAGUGUGCACAGCCUGCCCUCAUCUUCCCCUUCAAAUGCCCCCAGCAUUUAGGUUUUCUCCUGUCGCUUGACCUCAAGUCACAACAACGAUCAGACCAUCAGGUCAGUGAUGAGGACAAUAACACCGAUCAGGUGGUUCUCAGACCUGAAAGGUUCCGCAUCGCCUCCGCCCGACGCAGUCAUGCCUUGGUAACGGCCGAUCAGUCACUUCUGAAGCGCAUCAAGGAAUGUUCGGAGAAGGAUCGGGAGGUGGCCGAGGCACUUGAAAAGGUGCAGGACCUCGGACCGCCAUGGCUGCAACGGGGCUUUGAGGAGUGGAAUGCCGAACAAGGGCUCCUGCUGUUCCGCAGAUGCGUAUAUGUCGCGACUUAG